AUGGCUGCACCCGAAGGUACCAGUAUUUUGAAUAUCACGGGCACUUGGUCCCUAAGCUCUUCCCUAUCAGACGACCUAGGCCCAACGUUCAUGGCGCAAAAUAUCCCAUGGAUCAUUCGACGAGUGAUUUCCUAUGCCUCACUCGAGCUCAAAAUGAUCCAGAAAGCUGCAGAACCCCCAGAACGUCCUGCGACUGUCAUCGACGUCAUACAGACAGUCAGACCUGGUGGCUUUGACUCGGAGAAUAGCUACAUUCUCGACGGCGAAACCAGAACAGACAAGGUCCCGAUUUUCGGUGCCAUGUCCAUGAAGGCUGUAUACGUCCCAAUGGCUGAGGUCAGCACAGAGGACAUAAUGGGACAGGUUAUUGAGCAGCCCAGUGCCACAGAUGAUAGGGUGGCUAUUAAGGAAAUGACGGAGGGUGUCAAUACAGGUUGGAAGACAACAGCAUUGUGGGCUUUUCAGGAGAUCGAUGGAGAGCGACGAUUCUGUAAAUACUGUACCACCACUAAAGGUGAAGAGAAAGUCCAGGCACGACUAGUAUAUGACUAUAAAGCUACUUCUGAGUAG